AUGGAAUUAUCAUCGAUUAUAAAGAAGAUUGGCCAUUCUUUAGUGGAAAUCAGAGUUCGAGCCCUCAGAAACAUCAAAUGCAAACUUGAACAUGGGCUUAUAUCCGUUCCUGAUCUCGUCCAAGAGAAAAUGCUCUUCGUUUUCCUUCUUGAGUGGUUUAAUUUUCCUGAGGUGCCUAUGCAAGAGGAGGUUUUAGAGCUACUUGACGUACUAUCAAAGCAUCCAACUGGAGCUCAGAUGCUGAGAGAUGUUGGAGCAGUGGAAUUCCUCACCCAGCUUACACCAAAUGUUGAACCUCAGCUUAGAGCCAUCGUUGAUGGCAUCUUUGAUCAGUUGUUUCAUCUCUCCCCCGAAUGUCUUCCUGACAUGUCUCAUGAGCCACAGUUGAUGUCCCCUUUACAGACCGAGAAUGAAUCAUCAUCAAGAGGGUACUUUCAGCAAAGCAAACCAACUCAGACAGAUGUGCCUCCUCCAAAAGUAUCAGUGAACGCCGCAGUGAGAUGUCUGAAGUUCUCAGCCUUUCCUUGGCUGUCUUUGACCAACACAGAUCGUCAUAUAUUAUCAUCAAAUGAAAGUUCCUUGAGCAGUAACAACCCCAACCUGGUACAGACCACCUGUGAACUUUUACGAGAUGUAAUCAUGCAGGACUUUCCAGCUGAAAUUUUCCUGCAGAGGCCAAGCACAGUUCAAAGUCUUCUUUCCCUCCUUUGUCUUGAUGCUGAAACUGACGUUAGCUAUUUGACACUUCAAGCAAUUGCCUGCCUGCAUCAGCUUUGCACAAACCUGAGGAGCCGUCUUCGUUUCCACAGAGAUCCCAGCUUCUGCUCAGCCAAGCAAGAUCCAGUCUCCCAGAACUCCUCCAUGUCCUACUCCCAGGAGCAGAGAGGCCCCCAGCAGUCCGUGGCCUCCUCCCCUGAGGAGUGCUCCCCCAGGCCCUCGGUGGUGGGACGCCCUGGGCAGAGAGUCCGAGGGGACGGACAGGAUGGGGAUGCUGCCUCCAACAGCAGCGGUAGUUCCCAGGGAGGGGCAACCCCUGGGCUCCCCCUGCAGUCUCCCCAGGACCAGGCCCACCUGGAGCUACCGGAGCUGGAGAGCGAGGACCCUCUGGAGCUUCAGGUGCAGCAGUGGAGCUUGGCCCAAUUCAGCGUGGCGACCAUCGAGCGUGCCGUACCCCUCCUGAGGACAGAUAGCCUGAGACUGUUCCAGCGACUGGUGGAGCUGCUGGCGGAGGUGUUGUUGCUUCUGGGAGACAGCGUCGCUCAAGAGCUGUGGGACGAGCCCAGCCUCACCGCUGUGGAGCUGAGAGAAAGGCUUCAAGCAUGUAUGGAAGCACUGGGGGACAUAAUGCUCCAUCACAAUAACCCGUCCUCUGACAAGCCGGAGUCUUCCCUGGUUUUCCACAGAAUGGCCUACAUGUGCUCUGCCAUCUUCACCAUCCGACUUCUCCAAACUCUUAUGCCUGUGGAGAAAGCUAGCGAGAAUCUUCCAGAAAGUACAGCAGGGGCCAUUUUCAUCCUCUGCUUGGAUACACCAUUCAGUUUGGCUUUUCCCAGUAUCCACGAGUCUGCGGUAGCCUAUUUGGAGCAGGCGAGCUCAGACAGCUACAGCAUAUACAAGACAGCAGCUCGUGCUGCCCACAGCAUGGAGACCACCUGUGCCUUCAUUAAAGAGGCCCAGGCAGAAGGAGAUAAAAAUUGGUUGGAGCUGUUGGAGCUUGCUGAUCAAUCACUGGAAGGUCUUCCAUAUCACCAGCACUUACCCAUUGUGAAAGAAUGCAUUCAGAUGUGCUCCCACCUAUGGAAGUUUACAGAAGCCAGCCCACUCCUUAUGACGGAGAGUCAAAAGAUUUUCUUGAAGCUUUUGUGUCAUCCUCUCCUUCCUGUAAAGACUGAGGCGUAUACCUGUACCCUCAAUAUAGUGAAGGAUUGUUUAGGGGUUCACAAUGUGGCCAAACCUGCCUCAUCUGUCAGCAGUGGUGUGAAUUUCUUGCUUCACAGCCGCGUCCUCUAUGAAAUCACUACAUUUGGCCUUCAGGACCAGGCAAGAGAGGUGAAUUCUGCUGCCAAGGAGAUCCUUCUCUAUCUGCUGAAAGGACGAUUGAUGAUGACAGCUCCAGCUUGGAGAAGAUUUAAUGAGGCACUUCACCCGGUCAUCGCCAUACUACAGAGCUACGCGGGCACGAACGACGCUUUGGGAAACUGUAUCUUGCUGCUAAGUGAAGCGUCAGACGAGAUGGGAGACGGGGCACCCUCGCAGACUGUCAGACUCCGAGCUGCUCUCAGACUGCUCUUCACUAAGCAUCACACAGUACGAAACACCGCUGUUCAACACCUGUUACCCCACCUGACUCAAUCAGAGGGAGCCAGCACGGCGAGGCCGGCUCUGGACAGUGCCGUCCUUUCAUCUCUACCAUCCCUUUAUUCACUUAAUAAGACAGUGGACAUCAAACUGGACAACACCAACAGAUCCUUUGUCAAGGUGGAGUGUGUGAAUAAACUGUACAGCAUUCUCACCUCAGACACCGUCGACCUCGUCCUCAGAAAGUCUGCAGCUGAACAGCUCUGUGUCGUUGUGCAGGAUCCAUCCAUGCAUGCAGUGCUGAAAAGCCUUGGUAUUGUGGACAAGCUCAUUCACUUCAUCUCUGAAAGCGUGCACAGCAACGCAAUGAGCAGGGACUGCCUGUUGGAGCCCAGCGUGAGCAUACUGAGGAAGCUGGUGUAUGCCGACGCCUCCCUGCGCCACGCUCUGGCACCCCGAUCAUCUCUCCUCCUCACGCUGCUGAGAGCUUCACUCAUAAUAAAGGAGAAUCAAGGGGAAGUGGCUGAAGCUGCCGCACUCAUGUGCUUCCUUCUGUUUGAUGAAAUAGCCAGAGUGGACAUAUGGACCGACAACACGGAGCCGGGCUCUGCACUUGCGUCAUUCUCUCUGCCUGUGUCAGUCAUAAGGAGGUAUAAUUUGCCAUUUCAACCUGCAUCCCACCAUGUGGUGAGCCCACACUGUACUGUUCUCCCCCCUUCCUCUGAUCUUCUGAGCCUGCCUCCAGUCAGGGAGAUGCUUCAGUUUGCCUGGAACAGAGCAUGGCAUUCUGGCAUUGAUGGACUCCUGGAACAGCUGAAUGGCCUGAGAAGUGAUAUAAUGGAGUUUCACGAGGACCUGGUCAUGUCCGCGGCCCAGGGCUCGGCCCUGAGGGUGAGCGACGUCGGGACGGGCCUGCGGGACUGCGUCCGGGCCGUCCGCUCCGCCGGGUCUCACGGGACGGCGAGCGAAGCCUUGGCCCGCAUGCACCUGUACAUCCUGACCGACCGGCUGGCCCUCAAACCCUGUUCCCACAGCAGCAAAAGCACACUCCAGGCCCUUCCCUGGCACCCUGCCAUAGAGAGGUUUUUGCAGGUUCAGCCCGCCAGUGGGGCAGACCAAAGGCUGCUGGUGGACAUUGUUGCCUUCCUCAAUAUUUUCUUUAAACAGCACAGGUCAGAUUCAGACUACCAGGACCUCAGGUGGAUAUUAGAGCUCCUUCAUAAACAGGAGACAAACGCACUGCUGAACCUGUUGCCGGGUGCGGAACGCGGGGCGGACGCGCGGCGGGCGACGCAGGGGGAAGCGGAGGACCUGCAGGGCCUGGUCAGUCAGCGUCUUCAGAGAGAGCUGACAGCAUUCUUCAACACCCUGCUGCAACGGCUCACCCACACCUCCGACAGGUUGUGUGCGGUUCUGGCCGGUCCCUUGGAGACCCAGCUGGCGGUCCAUCUGCUGCAGUGUCUGCGUGUGUCUGACGGCCCUCGUUUCUACGGCCUGCCGUCUCUGGAGAGGACGCUGAGGAGCAUGGCUCAUGUCACGGCCCUGCCGGGCUGGAGCACACACUCAUCUGCUACCGACUCCCACAGCCUCUGCCUGAAGUACCUCAGCGGCCUGUUAGAGGUCAUAUCCUCGUUUUAUGUGGAGUGGGGAGGUAAUUCCAUGUCAUUCAUGGGCAAAGGGGUGACGAAAAAUGCAGUGAUCUGCCUGCUUCAUCUUUCUCACGAGAUGAUGUCUGAGAGUAAAAAUAAGGACUGGAUGUCUCUGUGGUCUCUUGGGCAUGAACAGAGCGCUGAUCAGCAGACCUCGGCUCAUUUGGGCCUGGCCUGGCUAAUUCCCCUGUGGGUCGACAGAGACCCAGAGGUGCGCUGUGCCAGUCUGGCUGUUGGCGCUGCAUUGUCGUCGCUGGAGAGCGGCUGCGUGGCGCUAGCCGCCAGCUGCCAGAACAUCUCGGGAGGCCUGUGGGGCACACUGCUCAACAUCCUUCUGGAGCAGCAGGAGAGCAGCAUGGUGCGCAGAGAGGCGGCAUUUAUUUUACAAAAUCUCCUUGUCAUGCCAAUGCCUGCCAAUUCCGAGGAGGCCAAAGACUUUACCUGGCAGGGUCCCUGUGUGCAUGAUGAGUCUUCUGGGCUGGCCUUGGUGGGGCUGCCUGCUCUCCAGGCCUUGCUCUAUCACUGUCAGUUCUUUGAGCACGUGUGCCAGAUUGUAAAGUCCUGCUACCAGGGCAGACACGCGUUUAGCCUGAGCACCCCCGGUCAGCCGACCUACUCCACCGAUGAUCUGAAUGACUCUCUGAGACACUGGAAAGGCCUUUCUGUCCCCGUGAACCAGAGUCCGGCUCCAGGCUCCAUGUCCACGUCCAGCACUCUGGUUCUCCCUGGAGCUUCCGGCGAGCUCCACAGCCCUGUGCCCCCGUCCCCAGUGCCUCCUGCUCAGGACACUCCAGUCAACAGACUCACAGCUCAAGGCCAGAGCGACACAGACGGCAGCGAGUCGUCGUUGUCACAGGACUCUCGCGCGGCGUACGGCUCCUCAGAGCCCGUCUCCAUAGUAACCCCUCACCUGGUUUCUGCCCUGUGCGGAUUGCUCAGCAACCUUCUUGCAGUACUGCCUGAGUUUACGCUCAACGCUUUCAAACAAAACCUCAUACUCUCAGCCCUCGCCAGUCUGGUGGAUGCAGCAGCCAUAGAGAGAUGCGUGAGCGAGUUACGGACACCUGCUCUGCUCCCGGGCGACGAGGAGGAUGCCAGGAAACAGGCGCUGAGCCUUUUGCGUUCCCUUUCGAGUUUCUCAAAGCUCCUGCAGCACGCCUCAGUGUUGAGCCAAGACCUGGCAUCCCAACUGGACUUCCUCCGAUCACUGCUGGCCCGUAUCGUCUCGGUCCUCACCCUCAAUAUCGCAGAUAUAGAUGCAGGGACCCGGGACGUGGUGUUCCACACUUGGACAGACUUGUUUAUGCUGCUGGCUACUCUGGUGUGCAGGAACGCUUCUGCUGUGUGCCCAUCUGUCUCCACUGCACUGGGCAGACACUGGCAGCCUUUCUCAGGUACCAUAUCGGUGUGUCUGGGGCGGUGGGCGUCUGACCCUCCUCUCUGUGCGGCCUCUCUGCAUUUCCUGUGCGCGCUGCUCUCUGAAGAAGCAAAGAGCAGAGGGCAGGAAACAAGCCGCUCCACGCCCAGCUCUCCUCUAGCUCGGGUCCUGACAGGCGCGCCGGCCGAAGAGCUCUGUGAGACCUUACUGCAGAGAUACGAGAAGGCUCCGUUUUCUGACCCUUUGAAGAAAAUAACAGCAAAAGCUCUCAUGUCUCUGCUGGCCUGCAGUCCAAGUGCUCAAAAUUACGCUUGUAAAGCUGGUCUGAUUGACACCUCUGUGGAACAAAUGAAGCAAAUCUACAGCCGGCUACAGAUGGAGUCACUGAACCCCGUCAGAUCAACACACAGGAGAAAGGAGGAGAACAGCAUGAAGGAACUGAAGAUGAUUUUGGAGAUAUUGAGGAACUGCCUGUAUCUAAACAGCGAAUCCAAAGCUGUGGCGGCCGAACUGCGCAUAGCCGCGGUGCUGCUGGCCCUGUGGCCGUGGCUCCUCGCCGACGACCCCGUCUUGGCCGCCGCGCUAGAGCUGCUCUGCGUCUAUACGGCCAAUUGUGCCGCAGCAUGUGGUUCUCUGUGUGGCAGCAGUAGUAAUGGGGCAGGACAGCCUUCCCUCCCCAGGGCUACAGUGAGUAACUCUCUGAUGCAUUGUGUAAUGAAGCUGGCUUCCCAGGCGAUUCCUGACAACAGUACCAUUCACACCCUCGCCUUCUCCCUGCUGGCCAACCUGGCUAUCUCCCGCGACUGCAAGAGCGUCCUACAAAAGAGUAAUUUUUUGCAGCACUUCCUCUCUGUGCCCGUGCCGAAGCCCGGCUCUCGACACAGCGGCGCGCUCGUGACUCUGUGGCUCAAGCUGCUGUUAAACGUCUCCUUUGGGGAGGACGGGCAGCAGAUGAUCCUGAAGCUAAAGGGCAGCCUGGAGCUCCUCAUCGACAUGGCCCAGCACAAAAACAGUAGCACCAAAUCAGCAGCCCUCAUCAUCCUGCACAACAUCUGCUUCAGCUCCAUCAACAAACCCAAAGUCCUCGCCAAUGAGAAAGCAGUCGGGCUGCUGGUGUCAUGUUUGGACAGUAACCUGCCAGAUGUCUGUGCCAUCGGAGCGUCCGCUCUGUGGUCUCUUCUGCACAACUACCAGAAGGCAAAGGCUACUUUGAAGUAUCCUUCCAUCAGGCUGAAGGUUGAUGAAGCACACACCACUGCUAAGAGAGAUGCAGAGCAGAAAGGCCACCAGCCUCUUCAUACAUAUCUCUUCAAGUGCCUGGAAAAUGUCAAACAGCUCCUAAGUUCCUAA